AUGACCGCCCGUUGGUUUAUUGGUAUCGUCUCCCUGACUGUCCUUAUAGUUGCCGUUGGAGUUCAUAACAGCAACUACGGUGACGUUGAUCAAUAUCGGUCUAUCCCCGGUGAUCAUUCAUGGCCAAGUGAGGAUGAUUGGAAUGGAUUAAAUCAGACAGUUCAGGGGAAGCUAAUUGCUAAUACACCUCUUGCGGCUCAUUGUCACCGCUCGUCUCUGAGUGGGAUUGAUACACAUGACCAAGAGAAGUGUGAUGCGCUACGCGAUGCGUGGUUCUUCCCCGAAACACACCUAGUCUCGCCGUCAUCGCCCAUGGCCUAUCGAUUUACCAAUAAUAGUUGCAACCCCUUUCUGGACCCGGAUUCUCCAUGCAACCUUGGAUAUUAUGCCGAAUAUACAAUUAAUGCUAUAUCUGCUUCUGAUUUACAGGCUGCUGUUCGCUUUGUUAUGCGCCAUAAUUUUCGCCUCGUUAUUCGCAAUACUGGUCGGUGGCAACUGUCCAAGCGUAAAUAUGGCCUCGCUGCGGAUCAAGUGUUGUCUUGGGAAGUUGUGACCGCAUCUGGAGACCUUGUUAUUGCCAGCCCAGUCGAGAAUACAGAUAUUUUCUGGGCUUUACGUGGCGGUGGUGGAAGCACUUACGGUAUUGUAGUUUCCAUGACCGUCAAGGCACAUCCGGACACCUUCUUUUCGGCCGCAUAUAUGAAUGUCUUCAACGAUGGUAAUAACACAGGUGCCAUUGACUCGUCAAUAGGAAUAUUUUUUCAGUCAUUACCCAGCCUUGUCGACGCUGGCGCUUGGGUCGUAUGGGUCGUCGCUCCUUUUGGAUUCAUGAUCAUACCGGCAAUGGUCGCAGGCUUACACGCCGAGGAAUUGGACGCGUAUCUUCAACCUACGAGGGUGAAAAUGGAUCAACUUGGGCCUCCGUAUCAAUAUUCCUCCGCCGGUUAUCCUGGUUUCUUCGCAAGUUACAAACCCAUACCCUCUAUGUGGAACGUAUCGGAUUUUACUUUAGGUGGUCGUCUGAUGCCCCGCGAGCUCGUGCGGGAUCAGGAUAGCACUGAUGCUUUGGUAAAUGCUGUACGCACUAUCAGCUCCCAAGCACUCAUGUCCGGGGUCUCUUUCAAUGUCACCAAUACCGUUUUAUCACCCAGCGAGGUUGCUGCCAACCCUUACUUUCGUAAGACUCUUUUCAGCGCUGUCGUGGGCACGCCGAUCAACUACACCGACUGGACAGCGACCAAGGCAGGGCAAGAUCAAAUAACGUACAAGCUCUUGCCGGAACUAAAGGCUCUUAACCCUAAUGGGGGCAACUAUCUUGGCGAAGCUGACUUCCAGGAGCCUGACUUUAAAACUACAUUUUACGGUGCUCAUUAUGAAAAGCUCUUAGUUAUCAAACAGAAGUACGACCUUGAGGACAUCUUCUACGCUAAGAUAGCCGUAGGGAGUGAUCGAUGGCAUGAACGGGCAGAUGGGAGAUUGUGUACGAAGCCUAGUAUUUGGGAUUUCGACGUACUUAACUUGAUAAGGCGAUGUAUAUGAAUUCGAGGAGAUAAACAUGUUCGUAUAAAUUUAUCCGGAAUUGUAGCUUCCUGAUUAAGAUAUCAAACCCCCUUAAGCUUAAGCUUCCUUUGGAGCCUGGAUAACUUUACCACUCCAAUGAUAUCUAUUGCCGUAGAAUUUAGCAUGGAGCUAUCGGUUCGUUUCGGCGGUUAGGUUCCCCGAAUUGUGGUGAAAACGUAUGGGAAGCCGGACGAUGGCAAGGGUCGAGUUGCAUUCAGUGUCCAAAUACGAGGUUUUGGUGA